AUUUUUGACUCUCAACAUUUAAGACGUUUUUUAACAUUUUCUCGUGAAGAUAUUUUUUUACUGUCUUGUGAAAAAUUGGCGUGGAAAAGUCAACACGUGAGCUUUAAAUUUUAAAUCCAUAUUGCAUGAAUAUUGUCGACAGUUUUGUUUACAAUACGAAAAAACGAGAAGUGUUAAGUUAUCUAGGCGCGUUCAGUAACGUGUUAAACUCCAACAAGAGUGUUUGAAAAUAAAAAAAUUUGAUAAUAAAAACUAAAAUGUUUGCUCGUUGCGUGUUUCUUCUAACGUUUUUGGCGAUGACAACAAGCGGCCAAUAUUUUCCUGGCUAUGGUCAAUAUCCAAUCAAUGGAGGAUCAAAUCAUAAAGGCGUGUGUACGAUCAAUGGUCAAGCAUAUUAUGGUUUCGAUUGUUGGUGCUACAGCAACGUUGUCGGCUCCACUUUCUUAACCAUCAGCUUCUUCACGCUGCUAACUCUAUUCUUUGUCAAUGGUUGUCUCUGGGCUUGCAUCUUCAGAUGUCAUCAGAAAAUGUUUGGACGAAAGGAAGAAGACUAUGAAGCAGAUGUGGGAAGUGUCAGGUCAUCAGUGAGAUCAAUGAGAAAAGCGAGCCCCGAAACUAAUUUUUAAUUAAUAAUUCCUUAAUUGAUAGUUUUUAAGUAAAAGGUCAAAUAAAUUUCUUAUAGCUCGUUUAGUUACAUCUUCUCAGAAAAGCGCAUAAAAAUUCAUAAGAAGACGAUUGUAAAAGUCAUAAGUGUAUCUCAUUGUCCAAGUCAGCAUUCAAUAAAAAACAUAAACUCAUGUAACUUAUGGAUGCUGGUCUUCGCUUUUAAAAUAAAAUAAAUGAAUAAUUACAUUAACAUAUUUU